GGGACCACAAGGGUAUACUCAACUUUGAGAAGACAGCGUUUAUUAAGUGCUUACUGGGUAGUAGACACUGCGCUAGAUGCUGGAGAUAUAAAAAGAUAAAAAUAUCAUCCUUUCCCUCAAAGGGUUCACUUUCAAAUCAAGUAAAUAACAUGUAUAUCCUAGCUAUGUAUAGUCAAAGGGACAAGACAGGCACUCCGGGGGAUAAGAGACAUGACUGGGAACGGCUUCCUGCCACAGGUGGGAUUCUGGUGACACUAGAAGAAAGCCAGGGAAGCUAGGAGGCUGAGGGGGGAAGGGAGAGCAGAGUGAGGAGAAGGAAUAAUGUGUGAGGGAACGGCAAGAAGAUCAGGGUUGUUGGAGCAUUUAUAGAAGGGAGUAACCUGGAAAAAGACUAAAAAAGAACAUUGUGACCAUCUUUGGAAGCCAGAAGAAUCUGUAUUUUAUUUUGGACGUACAAGGAAAGGCAGUAAAAUUGACUGGGUGGUGGGUGUGGGACAUGGGCUGACCUGGCCCUCAGGGAGCUCCUUCAGGCAGCUGAGAGGAGGGUGGAUUUGAGUAGAGAGAGGAGGCAGGAGAUCACUAAGCGUGGAACUUGGGCUCAGGUACAGCCUUGCUCUUGGCUCCUGUCCUGGGUCCAUUGACUCAUGGCCAUCUUCCUCUCUACAGGAGGAAGCACACUAUGGCUCCAGCCCGUUGGCAAUGCUGACUGCAGCCUGCAGCAAGUUUGGCAGCUCCAGUGCUCUCCCAGACUCAGCUACUGCAAGCAAAGCAGGUGCAAAGAAGUCGUACCCUUCGGGCAGUGAACUUUCUGCCUCCAAAACCAUGGGCGAUGCUUAUCCAGCUCCGUUUGCAGGCACUAAUGGCCUCCUUUCCUCCACAGCCAGUCCUCCGGCCCCAGCUUCAGGUUAUACCAAUGACUAUACCCCUUUCUCUCACUCUUUCCCCGGACCCACAAGCACCCAGGAUCCUGGGCUACUGGUGCCCAAGGGGCAUGGCUCUCCCGACUGCCUACCCAGUGUCUACACUUCCCUGGACAUGACACACCCCUAUGGCUCAUGGUAUAAGGCAGGAAUUCAUGCGGGCAUCUCCCCUGGCCCUGGCAACACACCUACCCCGUGGUGGGACAUGCACCCGGGGGGCAACUGGCUAGGUGGUGGGCAAAGCCAGAGUGAUGGCUUGCAAGGGACGCUCUCCACCGGUCCAACUCAAACUCCACUCAACCCCCAGCUACCCAGCUACCCUUCUGAAUUUGCUCCACUCAACCCUGCCCCCUACCCAGCUCCCCAUCUUCUCCCUCCUGGACCCCAACAUGUCCUGCCCCAGGAUGUUUACAAACCUAAGGCUGUGGGCAACGGGGGGCAGAUAGAAGGAGGUGGUGGGAAUAAGCCUUCUCGGGGUGCAGGUACAGGAGGCAGUGGGGCUUAUGGGGGUGGGGGGGCUGGGCGGUCCACAUGUGAUUGCCCUAACUGCCAAGAGCUAGAGCGGUUGGGGGCAGCGGCUGCUGGGCUGAGGAAGAAGCCCAUCCACAGCUGCCAUAUUCCCGGCUGCGGCAAAGUCUAUGGGAAAGCUUCACACCUGAAGGCCCACCUUCGCUGGCACACAGGAGAGAGGCCCUUUGUCUGCAACUGGCUUUUUUGUGGCAAGAGGUUCACCCGAUCAGAUGAAUUGGAACGGCACGUCCGCACUCACACCCGAGAGAAGAAAUUCACCUGCCUGCUUUGCUCAAAGAGAUUCACCCGAAGUGAUCACCUGAGCAAACAUCAGCGCACCCAUGGCGAGCCCGGUCCUGGACCCCCUUCUUCCGGCCCCAAAGAACUGGGGGAGGUUCGGGGAGCAGAGGAGGAAGGCACUCAGGCCCCUAGGCCAACAGCUUCACCCAUACCGUCUGAGAAAGCCCCAGGAGGCAGCCCGGAGCAAAGCAGUCUGCUGGAGAUUUGAAUCGAGAGGGCCCUACCCAGUUGCCCAUACUCUGUAGCUUGCCUUAGUCCCUUUCCCCAUUGCUGGUCCCUUACUUCCCUUGCUACCUCUUCUGUUUUCCCUUAUUUGCUCACCACACUCCCCAAGCUCUGACCCAAUGUGUCCCCGAGCCCCUAAUUUGUCCUCCACCUCCUCUCACUCUACUCCACCUAGUAUUGACAUAUUCUGUAAGUGGUCCUUCCCAACUAGUUUACUCUUUCUUCCUCUCCCUCAUUUUAACCUUGUUUUUCCCUCAUUCCUCCAAACUCACCAUUUGUCUCAGAUCUCACUGUCCUUUCUUUUAUCCUCCCUUCCAAUAUUGCCCCAUUCUUUCCCCUGCAUUAUCCCCACCCAAUUCCUUAUCCUAGCUUACCAAACUGUAGUCGGUGGCUCUCCCCUAGCCUGAAUUUCUUCUGGUCUCCCACCUGAAUUUCCAUACAUUCACUUACAGUGGGAGAUUAACCAGGGGCCUAUGAUCAAUUGAGUCUUCUACAGGGGUUGAACAGGGAUCCAUUCAUUCCAUCUAACCUCUCAUUAAUUCAUCCAGCUAAUGUCUAUUUGGGCACCUACUAUGAGUGUGGUAUUGUGCUAGGUGCUUCUGCUUGGUCCUCUAAUCUCUGAUUUGCUACGUUUCUAAAGUGUUUACUUCUUUAAAACUCUGGCAUUAUCAACUCAAGUUCCUCCCCUUCCCCCCCCCCAUUUCUCCUUAAUUCCAUUUGCUAUUCCCUAUACUCUCCCAAUCUUUUACUUCAUUGCUUCACUUUCACAACUUUUCCCCCUUUUAUAAACACAACAAUAAUAAUGAUAAUUUAUUGUCCUCUGGGUGCCCCUCUUUAGGAGCAAAAACCUAGGAGGUGGGGUUAAUUGCCUAAUAGGGAGUGGGAUGGGGACCAAUCCCAGCGGUGGGGUGACCUCCAAAAUGAGGGAAGCUGCUGCCAAGUUUAUGCAUAUUAAACCCACCCUGUGAAUGGAGAAUAAUGAAUAGUGAUAAUUAAUAAUAAUUCUAUUUAUCUAAGUUAUGAUGACGGGUCAGGCAGUACUAGACCAGGGAUAAGUAGGGGUCUGCCUCUGCUAAGGGAGAGCCCAGUAGCAAGUCUUUGCUUCCAGAUGGGUUGACUACAUUGAUCUCUCUUUCUCUCUCUCUGUCUCUCUCUCUCUCUCUUCCCCCUAACAAUCUCAGUCAGUGGGGACUUUGCUAAUGACAUCUCCUUUAGUCUCAAUUUAUGAGGUUUCUCUGUAAUUGUGGUCUAUUCUUAAUGAAUGGGAUUUCUCUUUUUAUGGAA